AAUAUACUAUCAUGAAUAACAUAUCUUCUUCAUCUUCUCAUAUACUCUCUUCAUCUUCUUAUAUAUUCUUGACUGUUUCUCUUCUCAAAUCUUCAUAUGUUGACAGAUUCAUAUUCAUUAAUAAUAGUGAACUCAAUGUUGAAUCAUUGAUUGAGAAUCUGAAGAACAUGAUAAUAAAGAAAUUAUUCAUAUCAUAUGUGACUGAGUCUUCUAUAUUUCUUCUUAUCUCUUCUGCCACUUCUCAAUCUUCUAUACUUGCCUCUGUGUCUGGUUCUCUCGCUCUCACUACCUUCAUUCUCAUGAUCUCUACUCUCACUACUUCUGAUUUUACUGUCUCUAUCUUUCUUACUAGCUCUCUCUGUUUUAAGAAGAUGUUGUAUAGACUCAGUGAAUCAUGUUUCUCAAGAAUCAUUCUCUCUCUCAACAGUGUUAAAAUUGUAA